AUGCCUCCGCUGCCGUGGGCUACCCCUGAUCAAAUCGAUUUUCUUACCGCCAAGGUUCCGGAUUUUCAGAUGGCCCAGCGCACCAAGACAACCCCGGACUUUUGGAAUAAAGUCUAUCAUGAGUUUUUUACCAUCUGGGCUAAAGCCGAGGAUGAAGUGCGACCUUUGACAGUCCCUCGCAAAAAAAAAAAGAAAUCCAAACCAGAUUCCAAACCAAGAGUUGAUACCUCUUCACUUUCUCAUGCCGAAUGGCAAAUCGUGAACUGGUUCAACAACCGGGGAUCCGGCUCCACUCACCGACGCGGUCCCACCAUUGUAAUUGGCAGCACCAGUCCUCCGACACGCUUGCUAUCUGAGAUGAAUUUAUACUCCAAGCGGUUUUAUGAUGACCGAAUCAGGGAAAACGUCAUGAAAAGUUUGCAAGAGAAUCCUGGAGGGAGCCGGAUUGCAAUCAUUAACCGCUGCAUUGCCGAGGCUUGGAAUGCGGAAACCGACAAAGUCAAAGAAGAGAUUUGGGCUGAGCUGGAGAAACUCAAGGAGUCAAAAUUGAAAGUGCCAGAGGGGCUGGAGAUUGUCAGCCCGCAGGAAUGUGCAGUAAAUCUUAUCACUUUGCCUGAAACCGUGAAGGCCUUCAUUGAUGAAAUGUGUCGUCGAACGGGGUGGGCAUUUACUGUGUUGAUGGGUGGUCCAGAGCCCUCGGACCAGGGUAGAAUCCGUACAUUGGCAGCUCAUAAUGGUCGAGAUCAAUACGAUCAACUUUUUUCAACUGCUAAUGAUAAGUUCUAUGAGAAUAUUGUGACCCCAUAUCAAACAUUCUUGUACAGCGUGUAUUCUCAGGAAGAUAGGGAUCGACAAGCCAUUGUACCACCCUCAAGUGCCUCAUCCAUCAAUCAAAAUACGGCAGUCGCAGAGAAAUCAAACAACGCAGCAACAGACACCUCCACAGCUAUAUCCAAGCCCGAGGAAGUGACCAAAGAUGCGUUGUUGGAACCUGUUACCGCAAGUGCAGCAGCACAUUCCGUUCCCAUUCCGCCAAACCCAACCCCGCCGACUACUCAACCUUCUACGGCUGUCUCUUCCCCUCCCGCCGUCACCGCCACCACAAUCCCGCCGCCAGCCAUCACGUCUCCGCCCACAACCACUCCUGCACUAGGCGCCAAUAAUGAUGGGGCCAUCAAUAAUGAGGGUGCCAUCAAUAAUGAGGGCGCCAUCAAUAACGAAGGGGCCAUCAAUAAGGAGCCUGCUAGCAAGGGUGAGGGUGCACCUGUCGAACCUGCUGUCAAUGGCCCGCCCGCCGAACCUGCUAUCAAUGGCCUGCCUGCCGAACCCGCUAUCAAUGGCCCGUCUACCAACGCUACUAUCAAUGGCCUGCCUGUCGAGUCCAGUACGAAUGGUCCACUGGUCAAUCCUCAAACCGGCUUCAACAAUCCGCUCACCCUCAAUACCCCAUUCAUCAUGAAUCCUCAGCCCAGCCUUGGAAACCCGCUGGUCUUCAACAACCAUCCUGCAAUUGAUUCUUUGCUUGCCAUCAAUAACUCGCUCGGCUUCCUUAACCAACUUGCCUUCAAUAACCAACUCACUUUCAAUAACCAACUCGGCAUGAACCAACUCGCCGUCAACCAACUUGCUGUCAACAAUCAGUUCAGCUUCCCUAUGCAAGAGGAUUUAUGGACAAAUGACAAACCAGAUGAGACGUAUGGACUGCCGGAAGAGGACUGGGUAGAGCUACAGAAGAUGAUAAUUCAAAUGAACGAAGGUAAAUUGCAAAUACCAAUAGUUCAGACACCCCCCGUUUUGCCUGCACCAGCACUUGCAUUGACGGAGAACCAUCAUACUGAUGGAGCUCCUCCAUCCACAACUCCAUUACCAAAUGCCGCAGUCAAACAGGCCUCGAAUGAAAUGGUUGCGGAGCCGGCAGAUGAAAAUGUAGACACUACUGUCACAACCCGAGGUCGUAAUCAAAGGGCGGCCGCCUCAAAGGAUGUUGCAUUGCCCCAAGCAUGGUUGACAACAGCAACUGAGUUCUUGUUCAAGGACUUGAGCGUGGAGAAGUGGCAGAAGUGCGUGGCCGCAUGGGAGGCAUUUGAAAAGGCUGAGCUUAGAAAUAUGGACACAAGUUCGAUGAGAUUUCCUGCGCAAAAGAGACCCCCAGCACUAUCAAAAUGGCUGUCAUCUAGAAACUAUGGCUCGCUACCCUCUGUUGAACCUGAGGAAUUUGGUACAUUAUGGUUAACAUGGUGGAACAGCUUACAACCAGCAUGGCGAAGGAACAGUGUUCCAGGCGAGUUGCCAUUGUCUUUCAGUGUGGCCAAGCCAAGGGACUCCGUUGAAGGAUUAAGACGAGGUGGUCCAAACGGUUUGUUGACAGUUAUGGUGGGAUUGAAAUGGUGGUCGGGUGCUCAAGGAGCCAGAUGGGAAGCGGCUGUUGAUGAUAUGCUUCAAACAUUGAGCGCCUUUGGGAUGACAACAACAGCUGAAUUAGAGCCGGGGAAGGCAGGAAACGGAAAGGGAAGGGGCAAGCGAAAGGCUGCAGGCGAGGGAGGAAAGAAGGCGGGUAAAAAAGCCCGUGUGUAG